CAUGGCCACUACACACGAGACGACGGCCGAGACCGUCAAAAUCGAGGACCCGACAUUUNUCGAACAGCAGAACGAUAUUGAGAUGGACAACCAGGAAACCGAUGAACUGCUGGACGAGAAGGAACAACUCGACGAAGAAGGCAAGGAGGCGCCUGCCCCAGCAAAACAGCCGUCGAAGUUGUUGUUCUGGAUUGCCGUCAACAUCAUCGCCACAACAGCCAUUGUAUUCAUCAACAAGUCCAUUUUCGACGACCCAUCCUUCCGUGGAGCCCAGGUCUCCUUCGCGACCUUCCACUUCCUCGUCACAUUUGCCACCCUGCAUACCGUGUCUUCUGCUAGAUUUGGCUUCUUCGAUCGCAAGCGAGCAGCCCUUCGCGACAUUCUUCCGCUUGCCGCAGCAAUGUGUCUGAACGUUAUUCUUCCGAACCUCUCCCUCGCUUACUCGUCCAUCACCUUCUACCAAACUGCCAGGGUUCUGCUGACGCCUAUCACUGCGUUCUUGAACUUCGUUCUGUACCAGAAAACCAUUCCGCGGAAAGCCGUGUGUGCUCUGGUUCCUGUAUGCGCUGGUGUGGCUAUGGUAACAUACUUUGACGUCCGGCCUGGAGCCACAACCAAGGGAACAAGCUUCUACGGUGUCGUUUUUGCCAUGACUGGCGUGCUUAUGAGCGGCAUCUACACAUGUUGGAUCAGUCACUACCACCAGAAGCUCCAGAUGACAAGCUUACAACUACUCCACAACCAGUCGUUGAUUGGAGGAAUAUUGCUUAUAUACCUGAUACCAUUCGUGGACACUCUGCCAGUGUUCAGCGAAGUGCCGCUCCACCGAUGGAUCAUGAUCAUAAUGAGCGGUCUUUGCGCAUGCCUCCUCAACCUCUCACAAUUUGCAAUCAUUGCUGGAGCAGGUCCGGUGGCCAGCACUGUGGUAGGCCAUUCCAAGACUGUCACUAUCGUGACAUUGGGUUGGAUUUGGACCGGUAGUGCUAUCAGCGGCUACAGUAUACUCGGUGUCGUGAUAGCAAUGGCUGGUGUCAUAAUCUACUCCAUGGUAACAACUAUGUACAAAAAA